AUGCCCGCUUCCCGGGGAUUUGUUAUGACCGCGCUAAUUGCUCGCAUCCCGGUCGAGGUUCGUUCCUUCCUCAUUAAGGGGCGAUUGGGCGCUGGUGACGUCACGCCGCUGAUACGUUCGACCCGGCUGAAAGUCAUCCGCGUCGCUCGCUACGUACUCUGUGACUGCACCGACGGGCCAUUGCAGAGUGGUAAUUAUGCUCAACGCUUCCAAGUA